UUCAUUCCAACUUCACUGGCUUAUUGGAAAAAAAAACUCAGCAGAGGCUUCUUUGCAGUUCGCACCGCCGAACCUCACGCAUUCCACACCCUGCCACCACCCUGUUUGCCGGUCGUCAUCCCGCUUCUCACCACCGCCACCAACCUUCUCUCCUCUUCCGUAAUAAUCGAGGCCGCUGUCCUCUCUAUCUCGCCGGCCAUAUCUUCUCGCCGGCCAUAUCUUCUGUUUCUCCUCUUUUCUCAAGGAGUUAGUAUGGAUUUUUCUAGAAGGCGUGAUUUUUUGUUCUGUGGCUCAUGUGGGACGAUGUUGUCUUUGCCAUCAACUAAGUAUGCUCGAUGCCCUUUGUGCCGCACUAAGAAAAAUGUCAAAGAUGUUGAAGGAAAGGAAACAUGUUAUACAGUUUCCGGAGAGGAUAUUAGAAGGGCAUUACAAAUGGAGCCAUUCGUGAAGGUGGAUGGAGUGAUGUCUGGCGAAGUGAAAGUACAACGACAAGAGAUUAACCAACCAUGUGAAAAGUGCGCACACAGUCCUGUUGAGCUGGUUGAUUCAAGACAAACGAGAUCAGCAGAUGAAGGACAGACUAAUUUCUACGAGUGCCCUUCAUGUCGACACCGUUGGAAGGAAAACUCUUAGCUCUUUUUUUCAAGUAUAUUGUGGGAGCUACGUUGUUGGUUGUCAUCUUGAAGCCAUUAUUUGGUAAUUUUGCUUGUCUAACCCGUCAGUUUUGGUGCAUGUUGGGUUAUAAACUUCCGCAGCAGGUUGGGUUGGGAACAUUGUAUGGUACUCCAUAUCUAGUUUGUAGUACAACGUACAUGUUCAUUUUGCGAUAUGGAGUAUAUCUUUGUGCUAUCAGGUAAUAGAUAAUAUACCUUUCAUGUUAUUUAUUC